AAGCUAAACGAACGCACCCAGUGAAGGCCUAGAGUAUCAGUUUUGGCCUAGAGUAUUAGUUUUGGCCUAUAGAUAUAAGACUAACUCUCUACUCUUUCAACAGGUUUUGAUGGAGAUGGGUUAAGUAUAAGGUGUGACUGGCGUAGUACUUAGUCUUGAUUUCAAGACGCUCAAUCUAAUUUCAUUUGCGGUGACACAACUCACCCAAGGACAGUAAAACAAGAUCCAAACAAAAUAAUGUCUUGAACUAAAACUUUAGUCUCGUUUCAAGAUGUUCAAUCUCAUUUUAUUUGCGGUGCAACAACUCAUAAUAGACGGUAAACACACUAUCCUAAAAAAAUACAAGAUAAUGUCUUGAACCAAAACUAAGAACUACGCUGUCUUUAAGUAAACGCAGAGCUUGAAGAUGAAGACUCUCCCUUUGAUGUCACUGGGUGAGACUGGAGGUCAACUGGAGGUCAGCAGCUUGGAGCAAAGUAUCGGGUAUAAGUAUUGGCAAGUGUGAAAGAAUAGCAACCCUUUCCAAAGAUCUAAUCCGUUCUACUUACUUGAGAUUUAACAUUUAUUUUCCACAUCCACUGACCGGCUUCCAGGCCAUAGUUUCUUUUGUUUGCUUUCCAGAGUCUGGACCCGUUCCUCCUGAAAAAGAUGUUGUGGAAGAUGACGUGCAGAUAAAGCGGGCAUGAAACUCCCUUUGAUAUCGCCGAUUCAUGACCUGAGGACACUGGGUUUGAUGAGGUCUUUGCAGCAAAGGUUAUAAGUAUCAUGAAAGGUAUAAAGUUUUAGGACAAGUGUGAAAGAAAAGUUUUUUCUCUCCACUUAGCUUAUUACUUUUAUUUUAGCAGCUCUGAACCUUUCAAAGGUUAGCUGUUAUCUAGAGCAGGCUAGUCAAAACAUUGAGAUAAAUUAAGAACUCACUCCGCGGUAGUGAAGUUAAUAACGAGAAGUCCCCUCGAUCCACUUAAGCUAAAAAAGAAGUCUGAGCCGAUUUCUUACCUUCAUCUCAAGUAGUGGCUCAUAAGCAGGACAGUUCUUUUCAGAACUGAGAAGUCUCCCAAAUUCCAGAAAUCUAUACCCCACUGCAGUAAAAAAGUCUCCCAAUUUCCGAAAACCUACUUCGCGGUAGUAGAAUAUCCAGCAAGACAAGUUCUUUUCAGAACAUAAUCUACAAAGCAAGUGCAUUGUCUUACCGCAUAAACCACUCUCUUACCUUGAUGGUGGCAUCGAAGCCCUUCACCUGGCUGAGGACCAAGCUAUACUGGCUUACAAACAAACCACAUGUUUCUUUUUUUGUUUCCCACAGUCUGAACCUGAUUUUCCUAAAGAGGAUGUUGUGACAGUCAGAUGGCAGCUCUUGGACACCGUAGAUGACAUGGGUUUGGUAAAGUAUUGAGGUUAUCUCAGGUAAUGUGUAUGGUGAACCUGACUAUGGCUAUUUGAGGUAGCCCCAAAAGGUAACCUUCAACAAACAUUUCUUUAAUAAGAGAGUAGAUCAUAUUUUCAUCUUGAAGAUGAUGAAGUAGUUUCCAUGAGCUGAGAAGAUGCCUACCAUUAGGGACAGGAGUCAUGCAAAGAAUUAGUAAUGUAUCAAGGUAUAAAGUUACCAACUACUGGUGCCGAAAACUGCCUACUAAUGAGUGGGACAACUCGAUCGAGAAAUUUGGAAGAUCACAAACAAUUACAUGAAGAUAACCGGUGUUAGUUGCCAGACGAAAGUGAUGUGGCUUUUUAGCCUCUUUCUUAAAUGAAACAUUCCCGUAUGUUGGACAACUCGACCAAGACAUUUAGAAGAUCACAAACGAGCUCUUCAUCAAAGUAGUGAUUACUUUGGAAGGAAAAUCGAAACAUGCAGAAGAAAUAAGUCAGAUUUUGAUCCACUGUUUAACCAGCAGUCUAAAUACUAGUAUGAAGAAUUGAUUAGAGCUGAAUGGGAGUUUUCUUGGACAUGCAAGCACUUUGACUUAACUUUUUUGUAGACAAAGAGUUUACCAACAUUAAUCUUUAAAAACUAUAUAUUUUUGUCUAAAGAUUGAGAAGAAUAUCUUGGAGAUGGCAUACACCCAAACUUGAGGCUACACUCGGGACGGUUUUUGGACUGGCCACCAGCUGAAGAAGGACUGUCUCAAGUUUAGCCAGAUGAUUUUUCCACUACAAGUUAGUUCAACCGUUCAAGUGACAGAGCGAUGUUGAGUAUACCACAACAGACCACUAGUUGAAGAAGGACUGUGUCAAGUCUAACCAGAUGACUCCCACUACAACCCUACAAGUUCAACCCGUCAAACGACGUAUCGAUGCUGGGGCUAAACAGCACUUCUUGGACAGAUGCAAAAACACACCAACAGACAACUCCGUUGAGAUGAUGACGUUGAAGCUGAAGGACUGUGUCAAGUCUACACAGAAGACUUUCUUGUACAAGAUUAACCUUUCAAGUGACGUAGUGAUGUUGAGGCUAAGCAACACUUUUUGGACACGAGCAAAAAUACCAACAGCAGACAAUAUGAUUGAUUUGAUGACCUUGGAGAUGACAUUGAGGCUAUUCAACACUUUUUGGACAGAGUGCACCAGCCGAAGAAGUACUGUGCCAGUCUAGCUCGAUGACCCUGUGCAACAAGUUCACUGAACCGUACAAGUGACGUAGGGGUGUUGUGGGGGAUCUAACCACCACUUUGUGGACUGAACAGCUGGAGAUCUUCGUCAUAGUCCAAAUGACAAAGGGACAAUACAUGAUAGAACACUUAUCAGAGCAAACUGUCCUCAUAAAGGAUUUUACACAUGUUGUACCAUGGAACAUAACUCGUUGUAGUUACUUAAUAUUGUUCACACCAUCAAAAGCUUCAAUGCUUUUUGGACUGUCGCUGACUUAAAAGGACUGUCAAUUUUAGCCAGAUGAUCACCCACGCUCAACUGAAACAAAAUGGACCAUGAUGGCGCCUGCUAUGAUGACGCUUGAGUGGAGGACCACAUACAUGAAGAACCAUAGGUGGACCAGGGCCAAUUUCAUAGAGCUGCUUAGCCAGAAAAUAUUGCUUAACAACUUUCUGCUAACAGA